ACGCCAUUUAGUGCGAAACGAUGCAAUUAAAAUACCAGAUCUUGAUCAUAUAUAGGUACUUACAGCAAGUCGACGAUAUCAAAUAGUUAAGCAUUAUAGUCUUUAGCAGUGAGGACUUAAAGACACUUUGUAAAAAUAGUAUUAGUAUAUAUGCAUUAAAGUUAAUAAUGAAUACUUUACUGAUAGGAUUAAGUUUUUCGCUCAUAUGUUAUUUAAAUGGACUUGACGAAAAAAAAUUAUACUGGGGCACAGAAACUAUGGAUUUAGAAGCAUUGCCUUUAGAAAAACUUUUAAAAAUGAAAAAAGAACUUCGAAUAAAAGAUGAACGUUUGUCACGACAAGCAGACGAAGAGGCGAUGGCGUCCACGGUCCCGAUGAAAGAGGACGCGCCAAACGCCAUGGCCUUGCGAAGAAUCACAAACGUUAUGCACUCGUCGGCGGCCGACAGUUCGAUGCAAACGGCCUUUCAGAUGUCCCUUACCGUCCUGUCGUUCCUGGCGUUCGGCGGCUACGUGAUCAGCCUGGUCGCGCAGAACAUGCGGAGACCUACGCAGUUGCACGACGGCGUCACAGCGUCACACCCGCUCAAGGCCGUGGUGGUCAACCGGAAAAAACGGCCGGGUGUAUUACUCAGACCGUCCGGUCCCACAACCACGGUAAGCUUCGGCCGGCGCAAGCGGAGCCGAAGGUUCUCGUGAACCACGUCUACCUGUUCUUAGGAGUGUUUUUUUCUGUAUUGUUUAUUUUUAUUUAAAAAAAAAAAAAAUAUAAUAAUAAUAACGACUGACUUAAACGUAAUAUUAUUGUUUUAAAUACUAUACCAUCGUUAUAUUAUGAACAUUAUCAAAUUAUUAAUUCAUCAAAUAAUUAUUUAAAACCCACUGAAUUAUACGAACACUUACCUCGGAUUUCGGAAUAUAAAUAAGUACCUAGGUACCAUGUUUAAUAUUAUUUUCUGUU